AUUUUGUUUCAGAAGACGAAUGGUGAGUAGCAGCAGUGAGGCGCAUCAUGAGGGCUAUCCAGGUGUUCGAGUUCGGUGGACCGGAAGUGCUCAAAUACUCGGCCGAAGUAGCUGCGCCUGAAAUCACAGCGCCUAACCAGGUGCUGGUCGGUAUCGCCAGCGUCGGUGUGAACCCCGUGGAGACGUACAUCCGAGCCGGGACGCGCGAGCACCCGCUGCCCUACAUCCCCGGCUCGGACGGAGCCGGAAAGGUGCUCCAGGUCGGAGAGGACGUCAACGGGCUUCAGGUGGGCCAGCGCGUGUUCCUGUGCCGCGGCCCGGACGGCGGCCCCUCGGGCACCUACGCCAGCUGUACGGUGGCACCGUCCUCGUGCGUGCGAGCGCUGCCCGACCGGCUCACGUUCCAGCAGGGCGCCGGCGUCGGCAUCCCCUACUUCACCGCAUGGCACGCGCUCAUGCAGAGGGCCGCCGCCGGCCGCGGCAGUCGGGUGCUUGUCCAUGGAGCCAGCGGAGCAGUCGGCCUGGCCGCGGUGCAGAUCGCCAGACACCAUGGUAUGCUGGUAAUGGGAACAGCUGGUACCGAGGAGGGAAUGAAGCUCGUCAAGGAACAGGGAGCCGAGCACGUCUUCAACCACAGGACGCCCGGUUACACCCAGGAAAUUCUGGCAGCGUCCAAUGGAGGAGUUGACGUAAUCCUGGAGAUGCUGGCCAACGUGAAUCUGGCGACCGACCUGACGCUCUUGCGCUUCAGGGGCAGGGUCGUUGUUAUCGGCUCACGGGGGAGCAUCCAGAUCGACCCGCGGCUCACCAUGGGCCCCGAGACCAGCAUCAUGGGCUGCGCACUGGCCGCCGUCACAAAGGAGGAGUGGGAGGAGCUGGAUCUCCGUAUCGGCGAGGGUCUGGAGGCCGGCUGGAUGACGCCGAUCGUGGACAAAACCUACCCGCUCGAACAGGCGGACCGAGCGCACGAGGACAUCAUCAACUCGGCCGGCGCCCGGGGAAAUAUCGUCCUCGAGGUGUAGUCGACGGCCGACCCCGCCUGCCAGCUGAUCGUCCCGGGAUGUGGUCGCCCGGGGCCCCUCAGGGUGUUAGUAAUGCAUGGAGUAGGGGCCGAAUCAGGGUCUCGUUACGGGAAUAUUUGGAUAUUUGGAUGGGUUUACACUAUACAGGGUAGAUAGACGCUAAGGACAUUCCAAGAGCACCAGGUGUGACCGAGUGCUCAGUAAAAGCUCGCCAAGCGAAGUGGAAAGUGCGGUUGUGUGCGCACACUGGUGAGAAGCUGCUGGGUAAUUGAUAUGUAGAUGCUAUGCGAUGUGCUUCCAUGAUCAAAGGUGCCUCUCUGUCGACCGAUGUGCUGGGUAAUGGCAUGGAGUGCACACGACGUGACGAACAAAUUAACUUUACUCAUAGCGAGAUGCGCUGCCGGGAGCUAGGGGGUAGGGAAUGAUGCAGGUGCCUUAGUGAUGAAAUGGUAGUUGGUUUUCAUAGGAAGGAUCGUUAGUUUUGGGGGUGCUCAAAUAACACGGUAGAUACUGAUUUGUGCAUUAAUAUCGCUCUAGAGCGAUGUAUUUGAAAAGUGAAACACAUUAUGCAUACUCAUACGUUUUUGUUGAUUUUCUUCAUUGAUGUGUUUCGUUGUAACAGCUAACACUUUACUCUCCCGAACAAUGCUUUGAAGGGUAACCGAUUUACUUUAUUGCUCUUUUUUUAAAAUAUUAAACGAGGCAUAGAACGCUUUUCGCCGUUAAACUCGGAAUGUGUCAAUUGUUCGUGUUGGAUUUGUACGCAUACAUUCGUCAACGCGAGAUGAAAUGAUGGGCAAAUAUAUUUAUAUUCAAAUUCGACA